AUGGAUUCUAUCAAAGACAAAUUGUCCAACAUCUCUCUUUACGACGUCAAGGCUUACGUCCGAAAAGCUCAGAAUGCUGUUUUCAAUUAUACUGAAAUGGAAGCCAAGGUCCGUGAGGCUACCAACAACGAGCCUUGGGGUGCUUCCAGCACUUUGAUGCAGGAGAUUGCCGAAGGCACUCAAUCCUACUCUCAAUUCCAUGAAAUUAUGCCUAUGAUCUACAAGAGAUUUACUGAAAAAAGCGCUGAAGAAUGGAGACAAAUUUACAAGGCUCUUCAGCUACUGGAGUUUCUUGUUAAGAAUGGAUCCGAACGCGUAGUGGAUUAUGCCCGUUCCCACAUUGCUGUCAUUGACAUGCUUAAGCACUUCCACUACAUUGAUUCCAACGGCAAGGACCAAGGUAUUAACGUCCGCAACCGUGCCAAGGAGCUCAUGGCUCUUCUGAGUGAUGUUAACAAGAUUCGCGCUGAGCGCAAGCAAGCCAAGUCCAACCGCGCCAAAUUCGGUGGCAUUAGUUCUUCUGCUAGCGGCAGCUCCGGCGGGUUUGGAAACACAGGCAGCAGAUAUGGUGGCUUUGGCAGUAACGAUUCGGAAUAUGGUGGAUACGCUGGUGGUGUUUAUGGUGAUGGUGGCGGUUUCGGCGGAAAUGAGUAUGAAGGUCCUGGAUACACACGCGGCAGCCGGACCACGGAGCCCAGCUAUGGCUCGGAUGAUUUUGAGGAGUAUGAAGUCGAGACUACUGCAACUACCACCACUGCUGCUUCUUCACGGGCUUCCCGGCCAUCUCAGCAACAGGCAGCACCCCCUGCCAAGGAGCCUGCUAGAGAUCUCUUUUCUUUUGAUGAUGAGCCCACAGCCACCUCUCAUUCGGCAUCUUCUGCUACUGCUGCUCCGGCUUCUGCUGUUGAAGAUGAUGACGACUUUGCUGAUUUUCAGUCGGCUACUGCACCUACAUCCACACCUGCAGCUUCUAAGCCUCUUCCACAACAACCUUCUGACCCCUUGGCUGGUCUUUUUUCCAACGCAAACACAACCACAACAACUUCCAACACUAAUUCUUCUCUGAACUUUUCAUCUUUCCAGCCACAGUCAUCUUCGACAUACACACCCUCUGCUUUUAGCAGCAACAACCACAAUGGUUCUUCGGCCAAUUACGAUGCGUUUGGCCCAUUGACUAGCGCUUCUAAUGCUCCCACCACUUCACCUACAACUUCCACAUCUUCUGCUACUGCUGCAAAGGGUAAGGCAAAAGCUGAUGAUGCCUUUAGCUCGCUAUGGACAUCUUCCAAGUCAAAGACAACACCGGAAAAUACUUCUGCUCCACUUGCAGCUCUGGCCCAAAAGAAUGCUGAAAGCAAGAUGUGGGGUGGUGCUCCCUCUAACGGAAACAACAACAACAACCUCAAUAACAAUGGCGGAAGCAUUGAUCUUCUUUCUCUGUAA